AACCGGGCACUCUUCUCAUCGCCAUCACCUCAGACCGAGGCCUCUGCGGUGGUGUCCACUCGUCGGUCGCCAAGAAGAUCCGGGCAAUCAUGAGGACUGAUCCAAACGCCGCUAAUAUUAGGAUUGUGUGCAUCGGCGACAAAUCAAAGGCUAUGCUCGCCCGGCAAUUCCCGCAAAACAUACUAAUGAUGUUCAACGAUAUCGGCAAAAAGGCGCCGCAAUUCGGCGACGCGACCACUAUUGCCAACGCUAUACUCGAGAGCGGACACGAGUUUACCGAAGGAAUCAUAAUCUACAAUAAAUUCAAAACUGUUGUGUCGUAUCUCACGAGCGAACUGCCGGUCUUCGGCGCCAAAACGAUCGGCGCUUCGCCUAAAAUGAAUGUCUACGACAGUAUCGACGACGACGUCCUCAAGUCAUACUACGAGUACUCAUUGGCGUCCCUUAUAUACUAUGCGCUCAAAGAGAACGCCACGAGUGAACAGUCGUCCCGUAUGUCCGCUAUGGACUCCGCCAGUAAAAACGCCGGAGAAAUGAUUGGCAAACUGGCGCUUCAAUUCAACCGCACCCGACAGGCGGUCAUCACUAGAGAGUUGAUUGAGAUUAUAUCGGGUGCGGCCGCUCUCUAAUAUGCACCGAUAGUUAGCAUUUUAGCCAUAAAAACCUUGUUUUGGUUUAAUUGUUAGUUUUGAAAAUAUAUUAAAAU